CAACAGCGGCCUCAGCAUCAACACCAGAAUCAGAACUAUGAUCAGCAGCUGGGGUCCGGGCGGCUGCAACCUGUAGCCCAGGUCGCGGAUGCGGCGCCUAUAACGGGUGAGGACGCGGUGAGCGUGAGCCCGUCGUCAGUGAGGCCCAGUAGGGGGUCCAUGGCUUCGAGAACGCAGAUGACGGAGCUGGAGGAGCCGGGUGAGGAAUGGCCAGAGGCGGCGUGGAGGGCGUUUGCGGCUGCGAGUGCGGGGGCAAUUGAGCAUCUGGUUGAUGUGUAUUUGCAGGUUGUUUAUCCGAUGUGAGUGGGAAAGGUUCUUUCUGUUUUGUGGGAGGGGUUCUGCUCUUUCUUGAUGUUAGGAAGGGGUGGGAAUGCCUGUUCUCCGUUUCGAAUAUUCCCUCUCUUCCAUCAACCAACGUUGCUCCAGAAGGUACACGACCAAGAGUACCUGCGGAACCGGGGCUGUUUCGCCUCGCUGAUGGCAGCAUGCGCUCUGGCAUCAGCUCGAGAAAGGGAUGGCGCGCUAUAUGGCUCGAUCAAGGACACGUCUAUGGUCAGUAUUCCGUCAGAGACAUUCUAUACAGCAGCAAAAGAUACGCUACCCAAGAAUCUUGUAGAAGCUCGGGAUUUUGACCAUAUGAGGGCGUGUGCACUGCUGUCCAUUACUAGUAUCCAGUAUGGGGAUAUUGAGGCUAUGCAGCUAUACUUAGGUCAUUACUUUACUCUGGUCGGAAUUCAUAGGUUCCAUGACGAGGCGUAUUGGCCAAAGAACAUAACCAACAUUGAGGUUGAGGAAAGGCGGCGCUUGUAUUGGUCGACCUACACCCUCGAUGUCUAUACCUCCAUUGUGUGGAACCGCAGUGUCCACGCCUAUGGAGCCAACGCCCGUGUCCACUACCCGACUGAGGUUGAGGACGAGCUCAUUACGCCUCUCGCCACUUUACCCUCCCCACUACCCACCACCUCGUGGCUGCGUGGCUGGAAUUUCACUACAGACCUGUAUCUGACCCUCGAGCACGCUUCUAGUCGGGUGCGCGCGCGCUACGCCCGCAUCGAUGACCGCAUCGACGUCGCCGCCGUCUUCGGCAUGCCCGCCUCUAAGCCAUCGGCCGCUGUGCUCGCGUCCAUCACCGCGCACUACGACGCCCUGCCCCCAGAUUUCAAAAUGUUUGCGCCGCCCACAGGCGACCGCGGCUGUGACAUCUUCGGAUUCCAGGCCGCAAAUAUCCAGGCGACGCUGCUGCUGCUGCGCAUGCUCUUCCUCUGCACCGAUGAUGACCACCGCUCUCAGUCGGACGUGCUGCUUAAAUGCCACAUCGCCGCUGAGCACCUCGCCGUCUUCCAGACCAUACCCACAGCCUACCUUUGCGGCAUCAGCACGCCCCUCUUCUACCACCUCGCGGGCAUCGGCAUGAUCCUCGGCUCCGUCAUGGAGGGCCCACUCUCCGAGGAAGGGUACCUGAAGGUUAAGGGCAUCUUGCUUUCCAUCGCGGAUUUGCUCGAGAGUCUCGAAAGCGGCUUGUCCCGCGCGGCGGACAUUAGCAAAGGCCUCCGCGCGCAGGUGGAGCGAAUGGAGGAGUAUAUGCGUGUUCAGCGCCGGCCCGGGGAGAGGUCUUAUGCGCAGCCGCAGCUAAAUCAAGAUCAAGGGAUGCCGGUUCCUCAGCAGCACCCGGCCCCGAACGAGGAUGUGGGCAUGCAUACAGCUGGAGUUGGCGACGAUGAAGGCGGCGCGCAAGUAGCGGAGGCGGAAGAUGCAGGUGCAGAGGCUGAAGGACCGUUUGAUCCAGGAUGGCUGGGCGAGUUCCAGCUCCCGCCCGAGCUGCUGGAGGACUGGCCGUGGCCGUUCAACCUGCAGCCCGAGGGCUGGUCGUUCUUGGGAACCGGAGUAGGUGCAAGAGAAGGCGGGUGGUAGAAGGUCCGUGGCUCGUCUACCAAAGCAAGGUAAUGGUGAUGGAAAAGUCAGGUUCCGGUGCUGUUAGCGCUACGUUCGGGAUUGCCUUUGGCUCAGCUGCAGUGAACACUGGGGAUUACCCGAAUUUGUAUGAUACGCCUCGUUGCAACACCUCUUCCCGUAAGAAUACCUCUGCCUAAUGGUCCUCCGGGGUUGGGUCAUGCGGUAGAUUAACUCUCUUUCAAGGUUACGACCAUCUUAAAUCUACAAAAAUUCGAUCCUG